AUGACAGACAAGUACUUUGCACGACUUUUGAUUCAUCCCUGCCUUGCUGUCGCCUCAGAGUCGAGCGAACACGAGGAAAAGAGCACGGAUGCUUCGGGGGACGUCGCACCUCAGAGCAACCCAGCAGAGGCCCCAGCAGAGGUGACCCAAGAGGACGGCCAGUCCCCGAAGAUGGUGGUCCCCAAACCAGAGGAAAAUGACGAGCUUGGACCCCUGCCUGACAACUGGGAGAUGGCUUACACUGAGAAAGGAGAAGUCUACUUCAUUGACCACAACACUAAGACAACAUCGUGGCUGGACCCGAGGCUCGCCAAGAAGGCAAAGCCGCCCGAGGAAUGCAAAGAGGAUGAGCUUCCAUAUGGUUGGGAGAAAAUCGAUGACCCCAUUUACGGCAGCUACUAUGUCGAUCAUAUAAAUAGAAGGACCCAGUUUGAGAACCCAGUCCUGGAGGCGAAGAGGAGGCUCCAGCAGCAGCAGCAGAUGCAAAGUCAGGGUCUGUCCUCACUGCCCCUUCCCACCAUCUACAGAGAAAAACCGCUGUUCACCAGAGAUCCGACUCAGCUGAAAGGCAGCUUCCUGUCCACGUCACUCCAAAAGAGCAACAUGGGAUUCGGCUUCACCAUCAUCGGAGGGGAUGAGCCCGAUGAGUUCCUCCAGGUUAAAAGCGUUAUUCCCGAUGGACCUGCCGCAGCUGAUGGGAAGAUGGCCACAGGGGAUGUCAUCGUCUACAUUAAUGAUGUCUGCGUUCUGGGAACGACCCACGCCGACGUGGUGAAACUCUUUCAGUCCGUUCCCAUCGGUCAAAGCGUGACACUGGUGUUGUGCCGCGGCUACCCUUUACCGUACGACCCAGAGGACGCCGCCAACACCAACAACACCACCACCAUCAUCUCCCCGCUGGGCAUAAUGGAGCAGCGGCCCAUCAUGGUGAACGGCAGGACGGGCUAUGAUAACUACCUGGACUACCUGGCUCGCACGGCGCGCUUCGUCACAGACCCCAGUCAGGAUCACGUGAACUCCCAGCAGCAGCCGCUUCUCACCGCUCACCCAGGCGACACCCACCUGGACGGCUCGCUCCAAGCCAACACUGGCACCACGCCGCCUGACAGCGUCUCCAUGGCGUCAUCCGGAGCCACGCAGGGGGAGCUGCUGACUGUGACCAUGGUGAAGGGCGUGGACGGGUUCGGCUUCACGAUCGCAGAUAGCCUAACGGGUCAGCGCGUCAAGCAGAUCCUGGAACCUCAAGGCUGUCCGGGCCUGUGCGAAGGUGACCUGAUCUUGGAGAUAAACAAGCAGCCCGUGGCGGGAUUCAACCACACGCAGGUGGUGGAGCUGCUCAAGGAGUGCGCCGUGGGAGCAGAGGCCAGCCUGGUGGUCCAGAGAGGAGGCUCAGGUCACUAUUCCCCCUGGAAGACUCCAAAACAGGUGCUGGAGCAGUGGGAGUCCCAGCAGGGCCAGAACAGCCCCGCUCAGACCAGCCGCUCAGCUCCUCUUACCUCCCACAGCGCCCCCUUCCCAACACACCACCUCCACAGGGCCUCAGUCCCAGACUCAGCCUCCGAGGCCCUGGCCAAACCAGAUCCCUAUGACCUAUUUGAGAAGUCCAUGGCUAUCUAUGAGAGUAGGCAAACUGUGCAGCCAAGGACUGUAUUUCCUGUGGACUCAUCAGGAGCAGAAUACCAGGACAUCGAGGUCCACCUGCGCAGACAGAAGUCUGGGUUUGGUUUUCGGGUGCUGGGCGGUGAUGAGGCCGGGCAGCCUAUCCUUAUUGGAGCGAUCAUAGAGAAGAGUCCAGCAGAUGUAGACGGACGGCUACGGCCGGGCGAUGAGCUGCUGUUUGUGGACGGGAUCCCGGUGGUGGGGAAACCGCACAGAUACGUCAUCGAUCUGAUGCAUGCGGCGGGACGGAACGGACAAGUCAACCUGGUCAUCAGGAGGAGGGCGCAGGCAGGAGGUGAGUCCUGCCCAGAAAACAGCCGUAGCCCGGGCUCCGUCUCCACGCAGCACAGCUCCCCCCGCAGCGACUACACGUACGGAAACAGCACCAGCAGCAACCAGGCCCCAAACACCAGCGUAGGAAACGCCGCCGCUACUUCAGACGGGGGGUCCACCACCAACGCAAAGCCCAGCGACGUCAGCAUCAGUAGGAAGGAGAGCGAAGGCUUUGGCUUCGUCAUCAUCAGCUCACUCAACCGGCCUGAAACGGCUGCGACUAACACUGUGCCCCAUAAAAUCGGCCGCAUCAUCGAAGGAAGCCCGGCCGACCGCAGCGGGAAGCUGAAGGUGGGAGACAGGAUCCUGGCGGUGAACGGCCAGUCCAUCGUCAGCAUGCCGCACGCCGACAUCGUCAAGCUGAUCAAGGACGCAGGCCUGAGUGUCACGCUGAGGAUCAUUCCACAGGAAGAUCUCAGCAACCCUCCUUCAGCGCCGACGUCAGAGAAGCAGAGCCCCAUGGCUCAUCAGCACAGUCCAAAGGUGCAGCCCAACACCGCAGCCUCCCAGUCCAACCAAGCACCAGCAGAACCCAACCCCACUGCUGCUCAGCCCAACCCAGCACCCCAUCAGAGCCCUGUGACCCAGCUUCCUGCUCCUCCUCCUCAGACCUACACCCACGACGGCAGUUACAGGUCAGAGGUUAAGGCAAGACAAGACGUUAAACCUGAUAUCAGACAGCCUCCUUUCACGGAUUACCGGCAACCACCGGUGGAUUACCGGCACCCUCCUGUGGCGGACUACAGGCAGCCACCCACGCUGGACUACAGACACCCACCACUGCUGGAUUACAGGCCAUUCGCCAUCCCAGACUACAGGAUGCCUCCUGUUCAGCUCACGCAGGACUUUGAUUACUUCACGGUGGAGCUGGAGAAAAGUGUGAAGGGCUUCGGUUUCAGCAUCCGAGGGGGGCGGGAGUACAAGAUGGACCUGUUUGUCCUGCGGCUGGCGGAGGACGGACCGGCCAUCCGCAACGGGAGGAUGAGGGUCGGGGACCAAAUCAUCGAGAUCAAUGGAGAGAGCACCCGAGACAUGACCCACGCCAGGGCCAUCGAGCUCAUCAAGUCUGGGGGCAGACGGGUUCGUCUCCUCCUGAAGAGGGGGACGGGGCAGGUCCCCGAGUACGACAAUGCCGCCCCAUGGGAUGGUCGCCCUUCAGCCUCCCCAAGCCUGUCGGAAGUAGGCCCGCCCAUCGACAGCCUCACCAUGCAAACGCCUUCAUCUCAUUUGGCCCCGGCCCCCGACCCUCCUCAUUUGCCUCCUCAGGAUGCGACUCGGGACGCCGUGGCUCGAGACAGACUGGCGGAGCGUUCCAAGAGCCCCCAGAAAGCUGAGCUGCUGCCGAACAGAGACCUCAUGGUUCAGGGGAGGAGAACCCCCACCAGCGGCGGCAGAGCAAAGAACGACGGUGGCAGGUCCACCCAUAAGGGAAACAGGAUGCAGCAGCACACUACUGAUGACGAAAGGGACAAGGAGGGACAAGGCGGGGAGCCCAAACCUUCGAGGAGCACCAGAGGAAGGUCCAAGGAGAGGACUCGCUCUCCCAGCGGCUCCAAGGUCCCACACACUAACGGGAACAGCAGGGAAAGCGCAGAGCGUCGGGGUAAAGCCAGGCUCAGAGAGCCUGACGGCGACCUGGGAGUCGGCCGCCCCGGCAAGAGCACCACGGCGGGAAGGAAGGCCACGGUCUCACCCGGUCCGUGGAAGAUCCCUGGAUCAGACAAGCUGCCCAGCACGCUGCGCACAGGUGCGUCCACGCUCAGCAGAUAACGCCGCAGCGUCCACGUUCAUCCGGAUCAGACCGCCACCUUCACAGCCUCCUCUUCCCAUAUCCUCCCACAGAUAUAAAAAAAAAAAAAAAACAAAGCGAGGGGGCUUAUCUAGACCAUGUCGUUUGAACUUUUAUUUAUACUACUGUAUUUUAAGUUAUUCUGGAGUAUUAUGUUACACCCACCACCUUAAAAACUGGAAAAUCAUCCACUUUACGGAGAAGAAAGAGCAAUCAAGUAGCAGGGCGAGAACUCUGACACGUCUGAGCUGGACAGGAAACAGGCUCAGACUUUUUAUAUGAAUAUAUUUACUGUUCAAAUUGUUCUAUUUUAUGAAGUGGAAUGUUUAAGAAGAAGGUUCGCCUGUUUUUUGGGGGAAUGAAUGAAUGAAAACGUGACAGCAGAGAUGAAAUCCACUCAUCGGCCGAGCUUUGCCUUAGAGACCAUGUGGGCCUCGGUUGCUCUCAACUAAUCCAUCACGUGGCUAAAGAUACAGUAUAUUAUAUAAAAAAUAUCUGCAAACGGUUUGUAAAUAAGACCAUCUUCAUAGUGAAGAAGCUUCUAAAGAAAACUGAUGGAUGUUCAGAGACCCGCGGACCAGAGACCAUCGGCUCAGCAUCUUCAUCUGCAGGUUCUGGGAGUUUCCACUGCAGCGUUUGUUUCCCGUUCUGUACGACUGUCCCGUUUAUCCGUUUCUAUGGUAACUGUUGUGCUUAAAGACAAAAGGACAAAGCGAUUUACGAAGCCGUCGUCCCUCGGCGGCAGAGAGAAUAAUGAUGCGUGCCUUAGACUGACGAAUAGUCUGGCUGCUAUAAAACACCAACUUCACAGAAAUGAAUUAGAAAAUGUAUUUUUAAAUGUGAUAAAUAGUUAAUUAUAUAAUUUAUUGAAUAAAUACGAUAGUUAGCCCAUUAGCAGAGGUCUUUUGUUUUAGCAAAUGGUUCACCUUGGGUCAUUGCUGUUUGUUUAUUAAGAUCCGACACUAUUAUUUACCAUAAAGCAAACACUUAUUCGUGUAAUCAAACCAGCACCUUUCAACUCAAAUUACUAAGCUUGUUAAUUGUUUGUUUUUUUUAAUUGGACUUGACUUUUGUUAGAUAUUGCUGAGGCCUCAUGAUUGCCUUUUAUUGUUGGUUCUGUUUGCACUGUGUUGUUGGGAGAAACACAUCUGUGCCAAAUCUCACUUGAAGGAGGAUUAUUGAAGCUACAUCAGGUUCUGGUCAGACCUUUACAUCACAGAUGGACAUGAUUGUUAGUUCAUUUUAGGGCUUGAUUACUUUAAUAAUUUUUGAAUAAAGAUACAGAAAAAUAUUCAAAAAAAGUGGAUUGACGCUGAAGUUAAAAAUAGCCAUCAAGUUUAAUUUACAUAUCCUUUGAUUUAAAGUUCAUUAUUUUCAACUGUAAAACAAAAAAAAUGCCCCACAGCAUGCUACCGCCGUCACCGUGCCUGUUCUUGGAUAUAAAGCAUUAAGUCAAUUUUCAACCAGACCAAAUAUCAGUCAUGUUUUUCUUUGUUUUUUUUUCCCAUUUAAAGUUUUUAAUUUUAAACUCUGACAAACCUGUCAGUUUCCAAGAGGACGUUGAUCUCAAACACAAAUAAUGAGUCAUAUGUUUGGAGGAAUCAAGCUAAAGCUGUUCAACCCAACUCCCUUAAGUCCUGAGGGUCUUAGUAGCAAAUUCCACCUGAAAUUACAUAUGUGAAUUAAAGCAACUACUGCUCCCAAACUAUGUUUGUAUUUGUAUGACAGAAAGGCAUUGAGGAUUUGUUUUUUUUUUCAGGUGGAAUCACUAUUUUAAAUGUCAUCAGUUCUGAUUUAUAUUAAACAGAGAACAAAAUGAAAAGUAAAAACUGCAAAACAUCAUGAAACCCCAUUUGAAACUCUGGAUGAACCCUCAGACUUUAUAGAUGCAGAUCUUGACUAUAAAUCAAGCAAAUUUGAAUUGAAUAAGUUGAAGCAUGUUUGCUCGACAAAGGUUGUAGUGAGCAGUGUGCUAGGAGGAAAUGUGAUUUUGGCACAGUGGUGCCAAAAGUUA